AUGACGGAAAGAUUUAGAAAGGAACCUGUAGCCAUCAUGGGUGACAUUGAGUGUGUUGAAGUUCCUGAGAAGCAUAAGGAUUUCUUACGUUUCUGUUGGUGGCCAAAGGGUGACUCGAACAUAGAACCUAAAGUGUUUAGAAUGACUGUACAUUGGUUCGGUGCAAUAUCUAGCCCAGCCUGUGCUAAUAUGGCUUUGAGACAAGUCGUAAUAGACAGUCAGGGGCUUUGUGAUGAUGAGGUAAUGAAAUGUAUUAGUGAAUACUUCUAUGUUGAUGAUUGCUUGAAAUCUGUACCAACGUCAAAAGGAGCUAUUGAUAUGAUCAUGGAUUUAAAAGAUUUAUGCAAAAGGGGAAAAUUUAAUCUAAGAGACUGCAUCAGUAACAGCAAGGAUGUACUGGAAUCAAUUCCAGUAGAAGAUCGCAUACAUCAAAUGGACACAUUAGGUCUAGAUAUACAGACAGGGUUCCACGUGAUGGAAUUUGGAGGAGCCUCAGACUGA